AUGGCGGCAGGAGUGGCUGCAUGGCUUCCCUUUGCACGGGCAGCAGCUAUUGGCUGGAUGCCUGUGGCCAACUGCCCCAUGCCCAUUGCUCCUAGAGACCACAGAAAGAGACAUGACGAGCUGAUCAUCCUGAACGUGAGUGGACGACGCUUCCAGACCUGGAGGACCACACUGGACCGCUACCCAGACACCCUGCUGGGAAGCUCAGAGAAACAGUUUUUUUACGAUGAGGAGACAAAGGAGUAUUUCUUCGACCGGGACCCAGACUCCUUCCGCAGCAUUCUCAACUUCUACCGGACGGGAAAGUUGCACUAUCCUCGCUACGAGUGCAUCUCGGCCUAUGACGAAGAGCUAACUUUCUUCGGCAUCAUUCCGGAGAUCAUCGGCGACUGCUGCUACGAAGAGUACAAGGACCGGAAGCGGGAGAACGCGGAGCGUCUCCAGGAUGACCAGGAUGACAACAAGGACUGCAAGCUGCCCAACAUGACAUACAGAGAGACCAUGUGGAGGGCCUUUGAGAACCCUCACACCUCCACCAUGGCCCUUGUGUUCUACUAUGUCACCGGCUUCUUCAUCGCCAUCUCAGUCCUCACCAACGUGAUAGAGACGGUACCUUGCGGUGCCACGCCUUCACAGAAGGAUAUGCCGUGUGGCGAGCGCUAUACCAUCGCCUUCUUCUGCAUGGACACAGCCUGCGUGCUCAUCUUCACCGUGGAGUACCUCAUGAGACUGUUCGCCGCGCCCAGCCGCUACCAAUUUAUGCGCAGUGUGAUGAGCAUCAUAGACGUGGUAGCCAUCUUUCCCUACUACAUCGGCCUGGUGAUGACAGACAAUGAGGAUGUGAGCGGGGCCUUCGUCACGCUCAGAGUGUUCCGUGUGUUCCGCAUCUUCAAGUUCUCCCGCCACUCGCAGGGCCUCAGGAUCCUGGGGUACACACUGAAGAGCUGCGCCUCCGAGCUGGGCUUCCUCCUCUUCUCCCUCACCAUGGCCAUCAUCAUCUUCGCCACGGUCAUGUUCUACGCAGAGAAGGGUUCGUCGUCGACCAAGUUCACCAGCAUUCCAGCCUCCUUCUGGUACACCAUUGUCACAAUGACCACAUUGGGUUACGGGGACAUGGUGCCCAAGACGAUUGCGGGGAAGAUCUUUGGUUCUAUCUGUUCUCUGAGCGGGGUGCUGGUAAUCGCCCUGCCUGUUCCCGUCAUCGUGUCCAACUUUAGCCGAAUCUAUCACCAGAACCAGAGAGCUGACAAACGGCGUGCGCAGAAGAAAGCCAGACUGGCCCGGAUAAGAAUAGCCCAGACGGGCAGCUCCUGCACGGGCUUCCUCCAGAGCAAACGCAACGACCUCCUCAACGAACUGCUGGAGCUCACGGGAUCAGAGGAAGAGGAACAGCAGCUCAACAAGGGCAUGUCGUUAUUAGAGAGCCAACACCACCACCUAUUGCACUGUCUGGAGAAGACCACUGCCCAUGAGUUUGUGGAUGAGCAGCUGUAUGAGCAGAACUGCCUGGAGACCACGAUCCAGAGCUACACCUCCCGCAGCCCCUCCUUCUCCAGCCAGGACGGGCCCAUAGGCACCUGCUGCACCCGCCGGGGGAAGAUGAACUCCCCACUACCCAACUCCAGCCUGCCCCUCCAGCCCAGCCAUCAGCAGGGCUCACUACAGGAGCUCAGCGCCCUGCACAUCCAGUGUGGGGAUAAGCUGCCCCAUACCACCAGUCGCUCCAGUCUCAACAUGAAGACAGACGAUGUGGGCCUGAUCAACUGCAAGGGCAGUCAGAUCACCACGGCGAUCAUCAGCAUCCCCACGGCCCCCUCCGACACCACUGACGGGGGCGCUCUCCACGGACCCCCCCAGCGCAGACCCCCCCCACCCCCCACCGGCCCACAGGCCCCCAGCAUCAACACCACCGCCAGCUCCAAUGUCAUCAAAGUAUCCGCUCUGUGACUGUGUGACGAACCCAAUCGACAGACUGACUGAGCAGGAGGAGAGGUGAAGGGGACUUUCACUUGAACUCUGCCUUGAAGGACCCUGCCGCCUGUUUAGAGGAAGAGAAAUGGGAGGGAACUCCCAUUUUCCAAGGAAUGUACUUGGCCUUUUGAGU